AUGAAAAAUAUAUUUUUCGCUUUUGCAGAGAUUUCACUGUCCAACGCAUUAGUGGAGCCAUCAUCAUGGACUCCUCCAGCUCGAUAUGCAUAUUGCGAAGAAUCUUUGAUCGGAGAGACUCCACUUCGUGCUACAGAAGUCGAUGGUGGUAAGCAGCAAUUUGAGACAACCUGUGAAGUCAACGACAACGAAGAAUACGAAGUCAAAGUCAAAGUUGAGUGCAUCGUUGAUACAAGCACCGAAGAAACGACGUGGUUCUGGGGAAAGGACGGCAAUCCAUUAGCACCGACAUUUUAUCAAAUCUUUGUCGACCACUUGGACAAAAAUACCGACACUCUUCAAUUUUUCGGGGAUGAUGUCCGCGAAGCUAUCGUUGAUGACGAGCUUCGGUCAGCUCUCUUUUUUCAUGACUAUGAUUGUACCGAAAGCGGAUAUAUGAACAUUGUGGUCAAACAGUGGUUUGGUGAAGAUGGAAAAACGUACAGAAGGAUGGAAAUCGACGAGAUUUUGAGAGCGAUUCUCAUUUCCGAUGAAUCUCGGAUCUUGGCGUCAAAGACUUCGAAAUUCGUUCAUUCAAGGAGCCUUCUUCAUGGACUCCGAAGGUUCAAGAAGCAACUUGCCAAAAAUUUUGAUCGGGGAUUCCCACUCCGUGCAACAGAGAUCGAUGGAGGCAAGAAAGAAUUUGAAAGCGCCUGUGAUGUCAAGGACAACGAAGAGUACGAAAUCAAAGUCAAAGUCGAGUGUAUUGUUGAUGUAAGCACUGAAGAAACUACAUGGUUCUGGGGAAAGGGGAAUGGAAAAUGGUCUCACAUCGUCAAGAGCUUUGCUGGUUUCGAAAUCAGAACCGUUUCAGACGGGAAUCCAUCAACACCUACAUUCUAUCAAAUCUUUGUCGAUCAUUUGAACAAAAGCACGGACACACUUCAAUUUUUCGGGGAUGACGUCCGGGAAGCUAUCGUUGAUGACGAGCUUCGGUCAGCUCUCUUUUUUCAUGACUAUGAUUGCUCCGAAGAAGGAUACAUGAGUAUUGUCGUCAAUCAGUGGUUCGGCGAAGACGGCGAGAUCUUCAGAAGAUUGGAAAUCGACGGAGUUUUGAGAGCCAUUCUCAUUUCUGAUAGAACAGAGGGUGGUUCACCGAUUCUCAAUCAAGUUGGCGGAAGUCUUUCAUGGGCUCCGCACGCUUACGUGAUUUCGGAUCUUGGCGUGAAAGAGUUCGAAAUCAGAUCAUUCCGACCCAAGUGCGCAAGAUACGAAGUUCUCCCAAAGAACAUCAAAGUUAAUUGGAAAGUGGGAAAAAGAAUUUGCCGAUUUGUUGGUGGAGAACUAGCACAUUUCGAAACUCAUGAGGAGUUUGAGCUUUUCCAAUCUGCCCGUGAAGGACUUGAGCGAUCAGACUGGAUCGGAGUUAGACGAACAAAACGCGGCAAUAGAUUCAUCGGCCUUGACCGACAAGAGCCCCCAUUUUUCAACUGGGAUGAGAGCCAGCCUGACAACGGAAGCGGUAACGAAAACUGUGUCGAAGCCACUGAAAAUAAUAAGUGGAACGACGUCCCUUGCUCUGAAACUCGUGGAAUAAUCUGCCGAUUCGAAGACGACUGCUAA